AACUUAUACGUUAACAAGAACUUUGUAUAGUUCUGAGGAAGACCAGCAGAGGAAUUCAAACCGAAUAUCGGCACUCUUGCGAUCGGACUGCAAAAGCUAUGGGAGUCAGAAUUGCAGUUGGGGUCUUGCUACUCCUUGCUAGCCUCGAAAUUUCUCAAGGAAAUGUGACAUUCGACAGACGGUUCACCUACCAAGAAGUGGAUGAGAGCAAGUUGGCAGCAGCUACAGCAGCAGACCUUGUCGACACUAAGAACACGGGCACCAAGUUGUUCGAUAGCUCCACCGUCGGCAAAGACAAGAAAUUGGCUUCUUAUGUUUAUAUAAAGGAUUUUAAAUCGAAGAAGUCGAAGUAUUAUCGAGCUCAUCCAGUUUUUACAAAGUGCAUUGAUAAGAUUUUCAGUAAGCUUGAUAACUCCGAUGCCGGCCAUAGGUUGCUGGUGGGCAGUGCCUUCAAGACUAAAUCUGAGGCAGGGAAUAGCGAGCACGACCAGUACGCCUGUGCGGGGACGGCAGCAGUCCUUAUCUACAGGCAGGACAGCAGGGUGAAAUCUGUCCUUGACAUCGCAAAGGAGGCAUUGAAGCAGUGUCCUGCCAUCUUUGCUUCAAUCCAACGAGACCUUGGUGUCGUCCUCCUUGCUGAUGGCGUGGGGAUUCACAUGCGCGGCCCUCUUGACAAGCAACCGUACUAUGCAUCAGACGGUGGGGAAAAGUCAUCAGCUGACUUCAAGAAGUGGUGUCUUGACCAGAUUGAUGAGAGAUUUGAGACUGGUCCAAAGCCGACUGACUGUGCAGCAACUGGCUUGAACAGUGGGGAGGCCUACCCAAAUAGUGCCAAGAAUCCCGAAGAGGUGGUUGGUCGACUUGAUGUCCCUGUCACACGAAAAGAUGUGGAAGAUUUCAAGAGGUUACUGCAAUUUGAUGGUCGCGUGAUUGAGUUCGAGAACAGUGAAUCAUCGAGUUCCUGGUGCGGCUUUGCUGGCAACCCUUGUCGACCAUGCAGUGAUGGCAUCUAUGGGAGCGCACUGGAUGACCGAUGUGCAGAUCGUGUGGUUUCACCUAGGAUGUACUCAGCGUUGAACAAGCUGCAAUUCUUGGUUCGUAAAGGAAUGAACGACAAGCUUGUCGUAACCGAAGCAUGGGAUGAAGCACAUUCGGGCGCUCUAACUGGGGACAAUCCUGCCAAAUCGCUGCAUUACGAGGGCAGGCAAGUUGAAGCCAAACUUAAAAAUGGUGGCUCCCUGACUACACUCACCAAGUAUGCAAUCUGUGCCGGAAUUGAUUACGUAAAGAAUAAUGGCGCGAGUGUAACUUUCGCAGUCAGGAAACAGGAGACUUUGGAAGACAGAAAGGUCCGCUUUGAUGGGAACAAUGAAUUACUGAUAGUAGCGUUACCUGCGAGGCACCAGCACAGGUACAAACUAGACCCCAGUCUAGACCCGGAAACCAUGCCAUUGUUUUAUGCAGACUUUCAGGAUAGUACGCCGAUAGCCGACGACCAUGACGUGACGGUGGGUAUGUUUAGGUCGGGUGAGACAUGCAUCGGAAGCCCGGACUGUCCCGAGGAAGAUGACGACUACAGGUACUUCCGCCUCAACCCAGGAAUCGUCAAGUGUUUCAGUCUUAUAAAGGACAAAGUGACGAGAGAAUUCAACAAGACUCUGGCAGUUGAUCAAGCCUACCAAAGCACAGAGGAGUGGAUCAACACAGUUGACGUGUACCUGGAUCCAAGAGGUUGGGCAACAGCCUUCGGCGAUGCCAUGCAGAUCAACUUCCCAGGCUUCUGUCCCUACCGCCUUGCUGAGAUCGCUGUGGAUCAAUGCGCCAAAAUAGCACAAUCAGAUGACGAACAAGCUCUGGGGAUUGGCCUCUACGAGGACUUCCUCUACGUUGAUAUCCGAUAUAACUUCAGCGUCUGGGUGGAGAACCCUGCCUUGCUUCCAAAGGACUGUGUUAACACGGACAAAUUCGAGAGUAGACUUGCUUUGAGGUUCGGGCAAACCGUCCUCGGCCAGCGAAUUGACCCUGACGACCUGGACGUAGCGUGUGGGAAUGCUGACCCUCCAAAGCCACAGUCGGCAAAUUACACGCACGAACACAGCCCAGCCAUCAAGGCACAGAAACGUGCUCGCCGGGACGCCACGAUUGACGGGGAAUGUCAACCUCAAACGGACACUGCUUUCUGUAAAGACACGAAGAAGCACAGGGAUGCUGUGGUCACAGAUAUCUGGGAAGAAAUUACCAGGAAGGCACAUGAUAAAGACAUGAUUGAUAUCAAGAAGGCACUUGAGGGGUGCUUCGGGGCAUGCGGAACUUGCUUGGAAGGCGUUGUAUGGGAAGAUAAGAUCGAAAACUGCCAGAACCUAAUCCAUUGGAUUGCCUUCCAUCCACUCAACGACGGCCAGGAAUCCCAUUUCUACUCCAGUGACAACAUGGCUGCCAGGCGCCAUGCAUACGCUCCAUAUACAGGUCGUCACUGCGUCGACAGGUCUGCCCUCUACGGAUUGUUUGCCGAUCCUGUAAAGAAGUUGUACAGGCCAGACCCCACGAAGAGUAUUGAGGAGCAGCUGUACAGCCCUGAGAACAACCCCAGUCCUUUGAUGGACCUGAUCAAGAGGAUGUAUGCCUUCAAUGCUGAAGGCAAGGCGGUCUUGUGGAUAAAUGACGACACGGAGGCAACGUCCAUGAAGAAUGUUCUGAGGAUGUUGAUGGUUUACAACAAGAAGCUGACUGGUAUCGAUGUGAUGGUCCCGGACGAGAUAUCUGCCGAGACUGUUGGCGCCGUCAUUGAGAAUUCCAUAGCCGAAUGGACCAAGUCGACCUGUACCAAAUACUCCCGAGAGUACAUCACGCCAUUCAGGAUUAUUACAGGGUGGCCACAAAGCAGGAAAAGGCGAGAUGCAGAUGGCAACGAGGAAAUUGAUUUUGGGGAAGGCUUCUUAAUGGAUAGGUUAAAUUUCGAGACCAAUUGGAUAGAAAACCAUCCAUGAAUAGUUCAACUUUGAGACAAAGUGGUUAUAAAACCACCCAUGAAUGGUUCAACUUCGUGAUAGAUUGGAUUGACAAUUACACCCUGAAGAAUCGACUUUUGUUUAUGGCUAAGAGUGACUUUUAUUUGGAGUUUCCUGACAACUGAUUAAAUACAAUCAAAACACUGAUUCAUGUAUAUACCUAUAAAACGUGUUUACAUAUGUGGAUUUCUCAACUAUUGCAGAUUACACGGCGGUCAAACAUCCCUCAAUUUAAAUUGAAAGUAGAUGGUAGUGAAUAAUUUUUUUUAAUCCCAGUGCAAUAUGAUUGCAAUGGACCCAAAUGUACUGUAUAGGUCUAAUGAUAAUGCCUUUUGUAAGAUAUGCUACAUGUAGUACAAACUUAUUACGAUUUACGAUACAUUGGGUAGCCUGUGUUGUUUAAAAAAAUACAAACGGCGACGCAGCUGCAGAAGACCUCGCCAUUGAAAUUACGUCAUAUUUAUGACAGCCAAUCAAAUGGCAAUAAUAUUUACUGGCCAAAAUCACCAAGGAUUAUUAAAGUCGUCAGCAUCUUUGAUACUAAACUACAAAUACAUUUAACAAAAAAAAUUGAUGCCAUGCUGUUGAUGUAUAAUGUGCACCGAUAUUUUAAAUUUUAAAGCUUUUCGUGAAGUCGACUUUUUGGCCGUUACUUUCUGGCACCAAUAAAGUACUGGAUGAUUUCUUAGA